GUAAGUGGUAGCACUGAAACGUCGCCGUCAUUCUUUGGCUAAGUUCAUGUUAAGUUGGCUUUGGCUCUCCCACAUUAUAUUUGCUUCAGCUCAGCUGUCCGUUUUAAGGGGAGCGUCGCGUCUGAUCGUCAUAUGUGUGUUUCUCUUUGGAUUAUUUUCAACUUGUAACUUUAUUUGACCUCUGAGUGUAAUCAGUAAAAAACUCGAUUGCCUUGCCUUUCGUUGGUUAUUAUUCUCGAUAAUAAAAUACCAGUCAAAAAUCUCCCUCUGUGUGUGUAACAACCAAAAACCACCACCACUCAUCCAAAUGGCGAACCGACGAUUUGGAAACAAUCCGCAGCGUGGUGGCGGCGGCAACGGGGGUGGUAUGAAUAGGGGCGGUAACUUUGGGGCCCCUUCAUCUAACAUAAACCCGUGGCAAGGUGGCGUGGCGCCUGGGAAUUCUGGCCCGAAUUUUCCAACCAGUCAACUCGCUCUCACUCUUGCAAACCUCAUCCAACAGUCGACACAGCAACAGGUCCCGUCUUCAGAUGGGCCUCCCUCCUUACUUACCAUGAAUACUAGCCCCGGCUUCUUUAAUAAUCAAGAUCAAUAUAAUAACCAGAAUCGCUUCAGUAAUCGCGGUAGACCAGAUUUCAGACGAUCUGAACCUUACAACAAGAACCGCGGCGGUGGCGGUGGUUGGCGCAAUGAAGGGCGCAACAAUGGCCCUGCAAGGGGUGGACAUAAGAACAGACCGAACUUCAACAAUAAGAAUUCUCCAAAGCGGGACAAUAAAAUGAAGAAUAACGAUAAGCGCGAGAAACGUGAAAAGCAAGCUGAAAAUGCUUCAAUUGAAAAGAAUAAGGAAAAGGACCAACCGGCAGAAGCAAUUGCUGCAGCUGGAAUCAGCAAUGAUAAUGUUGAUGAAGACAAGCAUGAAGGAAAGGCCACUAAAUUCGAUGGACUUCCCAAUAGCUUACUGCAUUGCUUCGUUUGCAAUAAAAGCAUGUGGGACGGGGAAUCGUUCCAGAACCAUAUCGGCGGUAAAGCUCACAAACAGAUGAUUAGUAGUUUGGAAGAAAGUUUUCAAAUAACUGUGAACAUUUUACGAGAGAAUAUGAGAUUAUCCGAGGAGCGUAAAAUGAUCGAGUAUGAGCGCAUGCAACGUUCCCGCCGUUACCAUCAUAACAACUCGAACGAGCCCGAGAGCCAUUGUAACAUGUGCGAUCUCAAAUUCAUGGGCAAGAUUGUCGUUCACAGGCAAACUGAGGGACAUCAGCGUUUGAAGCGUUUCUUGCAUCCUAAGUGCCACAGAUGCAACCUGGAAUUCCCAUCAAGGAUGGAAUGGGUUGACCAUCAAUUUGUACCUGAACAUCUUUUUAAGUUAAAAUCUCAAUUGGAAGAGAAAUCGGUUGAUUUGGGCGAAUAUAAGUUGAGAGUGCAAGCCGAGAUCGAUACGGAGCCUUUGUUGGAUGAAAACAUCCAAAAUGAAGAUGACAAUCCCGUGUUGGAGCUUCACGAUGAUAUGACCAAUCUGUUCAAUCGCAUUCCGGUCUUCAGACCCAACAGGGGUGUUGGCAAGGCCAGCAUGAAGCCCGCGACUGGCUUCAUCUGCGAUAUUUGUAAACUAUUUAUGCCUUCCGAGCAAGAAUCAAAGGUGCACAUGAAGUCAUUUGCCCAUUACCAUGCAUUUGUAGAUGCUGCAAAAACAAAAUUCCAAAACGCAGCAAAUGAGAAGAAAAAGAAGGAAGAUUCAAAUAGCGAAGAAACUACAGAAGAUAAGGAAGAGAAAGAAGAAGCUACUGAAAAUGAAAAUAAAGACGAUGAAGCUAUGAAAAACUUGUUGGAUGAUAUUUAUGAUCCUCAUGCUGCGGAUGCAGAAGAGGCCGAAGAAUCAUCUGAAGAUCAACCUGUGGCGGAAACAAAAGUGGAAACGGAAACUCCUGCAGAAACACUGCCAGUAGAAGCAGUUGUCGCUGCAGAAGUUGAACCCAUUGCGGAAGUGACAGAGGAGGAAGAAUCCGAAGAAAGUAAGCAAGAACCAGAAGCAAUAAAUGAAGAGGAGCUCAAAGAAGAGAGCAGUCCUCCUACAACACCUAUGACCAGGGCAAAGCGAAGCAAUGUGAAAAACGGUGCUGGUCCGAAGAGUAAAAAAUGUAAAAAUUAGAUGAAAAUUCCAGCAAAAAAAAACUACGAGAAAAUCUGCAAUGAAUGCGAUGCCUAGCAUGUUAAUUUUUAUGAACAAAUUACUUU